AUGGGCAGCGGUCCGUCUUCAUCAUCGAAUAAUUCAUCAUCAACAUCACUCGGUGGUAUUCCAAGUGAAUUAUAUAAGCAAGCACGUGAAGAAUUUGAUAAGUGUUAUGUGACACCAGCAACAUUUACAUUAAUUUAUCGUGAUUUUCAAAUUCUUCGACCACUUGGACGUGGUGCAUUUGGUUCUGUUAAAGAAGUUAAAUGUAUACGUGAUCCAAUGCCUGAUUAUCUUCAAUCAAAUGAUAAUUCUUUAAAAUCUCAUCGUAUAGCACUUAAAAUAAUUAAUAAAAAAAGUGCACAUAAAAUGAAACAAGAAGAUCAUGUUGUUAAUGAAAAACGCAUAUUACAAUCUCUUAAUUUUCCAUUUAUUAUACGUUUUUAUUUUUCAUUUAAAGACAAUGCAAAUCUUUAUAUUGGUCUAGAAUUAAUUGAAGGUGGAGAAUUAUUUCGACAUUUACGUGAUUGUGAAAAAUUUGAUGAAAAAAAAUCGAAAUUUUAUGCAUCUCAAAUUAUUCUUGCACUUGAAUACCUUCAUUUAUUAGGAAUCAUCUAUCGUGAUCUUAAACCUGAAAAUUUGCUCAUUGAUCGAUUUGGUUAUAUAAAAAUGUGUGAUUUUGGAUUUGCAAAAAAAAUUGAUCGUGGUAAAGCAUAUACACUUUGCGGUACACCGGAAUUUCUUGCACCGGAAAUCAUUCUCGGUCGGGGAUAUAAUAUGGGUGUUGAUUAUUGGGCAUUAGGUGUUUUAAUAUUUGAAAUGAAUGCUGGUUAUUCACCAUUUUGGGAUGCUGAUCAACAAAAAAUUUAUCAUAAAAUAAUUAAUGCAAAAUUUCGUCCUCGUUCAGCAUUUUCCGAUAAUUUAAUUGAUGUUAUUCGUGGUUUAUUACAAAAAGAUUUAACAAAAAGACUUGGUAUGAUGUUUAAUGGUGUAAAUGAUAUAAAAAAACAUGUUUGGUUUCGUGAUAUUGAUUGGUUACAAAUAUUUUUAAAAAAAGUUCGUGCACCAUGGAUACCUGAUAUACGUGCAAAUAAUUUUCCUGAUGCUGAAGAUGAAGAACCAGCUCGUUCAUCAAUUAAUUUAUAUGAAAAAGAAUUUAAUGAUUUUUAA